AAGCAAAGAGACUACAAGCGCUCACUGGGCUCACUGGCUUUAUAUAGGGCUAAAUUUAGGGACGUGUAGUGCGUGUUUCCGCCGCUUCGUACAAUUGGUCCAGCUUUUCAGCUACAAUAUUUAUAAGGUAUAGGAACUCCUACCAAUCAAACUUUCACAUGACUCUGAAACAGUACUUGAAGUGAGAAGUAGUGGUUUAUACUACUACAAAUAGUUUCUCGUGUGGACUCCAGUCUACAUCGCGUUUGCUAAUAUUCUUAGACAGAAAUAACGUUUUUUAUUCAAGAAAAUUACAACGUAUGGAAAUGGCCUUAACCGGGACCAUUUUACCAUCCAUCGCUACAUUUGCGAACCAAAAGGAAAAAUGCUGGGAAAAUAGGUGGAAGGGAGAGAUGGACAGGCCUGUGCAUUCCAGCUGUGCUGUGGUGGAGAGCAUGGACAACUGCAUGGGCAGAAAAGACGAAGAAGAGCUCGAUAAAUUCCUGGAUCUGGAGUUUAUUCUCUCUAACUCCACGGGCACAGACAGCAACACUCCAUCCUCCGGGACGGAGUACAGGCUAGGAGAGCAGAACAACAUGUAUCACUCCGGGAUGCAGUCUACCUACCCGCUGCCCGAGAUGAGCAGCCCACCUCCACCUUACAACAGCCUGAUGGCUGAGCUCCUGCGCACUGAGCUUGACAGCAGCUUCUGCCACCAGCUUUCCGGCAACAGCAUCCAUGGGAGAUUUCUAGUCAGUUCCUCUGCCUUCCCAAAUCAGGACUUUGUAGACAACAUCAAGGUCGAGCCGUCCAUGGACAGUUACGGACCGCUUAUGGGCAUGGUGCCACAGAGCUGCCCAAAGAUCAAGCAGGAGGGGAACGUUUCGUGCAUGAUGUCCUUCGAGCAGCCGAGACUAGCCAACUCUCCACAGGCUGCGGGGAACAUGACACCGCCUCUCAGCCCAGACGACCUGAUGAGCUCCGAGUGUCAGCCCCAGAUGUGCCACUCCAUGACUUUCCCCCAGAGCUACCGCUCCGCAGCGGGAUACCCUCACUCUCACCCGUCCCAACAGAUGCAGCUCCCGUACCAGAGCGCACACCAGUUCGGGAUGUAUGAAGACGGAAUGGGUAUGCAGCCCACCAACCAGAGAGUGCUACUCACUCCACCGUCCUCCCCGCUGGAGAUGAUGGACUCAAAGCCAAAGAGGGGUCGGCGCUCCUGGCCAAGGAAGCGCACAGCGUCUCACACAUGCACUUUCGCUGGAUGCGGGAAAACCUACACCAAGAGCUCGCACUUGAAAGCGCACCACAGAACGCACACCGGUGAAAAACCAUACCAUUGCAGUUGGGAGGGUUGUGGCUGGAAGUUCGCCCGCUCCGACGAGCUGACACGCCAUUUCCGUAAGCACACUGGCCACAGGCCGUUCCAGUGCCACCUGUGUGAGCGCGCCUUCUCCAGGUCCGACCACCUCGCGCUGCACAUGAAGCGACACAUGUGAGAAACCACAUACGAUUGAGGACUAUGCCAAAUUAACCAAGAACAACAUCAAGAAAGAUGUCUCCAAAAUAUGUAUUUCGUAUUUUAGUUUAUUUAAAUUUGGA